AUGAGCGAGCAGGGCUUGGAGCUGGCGUCCAUGAUCCCGGCCCUGCGCGAGCUGGGCAGUGUCAGUCCAGAGGAGUAUAACACAGUUGUACAGAAACCAAGGCAAAUUCUAUGUCAGUUCAUUGACCGAAUUCUUACAGAUGUGAAUGUUGUUGCUCUAGAACUCAUUAAGAAAACCGACUCGCAGCCUACGUCUGUGAUGUUGCUUGAUUUUAUCCAGCACAUCAUGAAGUCUUCCCCACUUAUGUUUGUAAAUGUGAAUGAAAGCCGUGGUCAAAAUGAGGUCAAAGAUAAUUGUAUUGAGUUCAGUAAUUGGAUUAUAACCAGACUUCUGAGGAUUGCAGCAAGUCCAGCUUGUCAGAUACUACAUAAGAAUAUCUGUGAAGUAAUUUGCUCGUUAUUAUUUCUUUUUAAAAGCAAGAGUCCUGCCAUUUUUGGGACACUGACAAAGGAAUUAUUGUAUCUUUUUGAAGACCUGAUUUACCUCCACAGAAGACAUGCACAGGGACACUUUGUGGAAUGGCCAGUGGUGGUUAGUCGAUUUUUAAGUCAAGUUGAUGGAGAAAUGGAAUAUUUACAACCAGCUCCUUUGCAGCUUAUGAGUUGGCAAAAUUUAGAAUUUCUUGAAGUCACUUUAUUAAUAGUUCUCAUUCGUAUUGUUGCAGUUGUAUUUUUUAGGAGACAAGAGCUCUUACUCUGGUGGAUAGGCUGUGCUCUGCUGGAACAUGGUAGUCCCAAAGUGAAAUCCUUAUCCCUGAGCCUUCUCACGGAGCUCUUCGGACUGGGGGGACUACCUGAACAAACAGCCAGCGCUUUUUUCAGCUCAUUUUUAGAAUUAUUACACCACCUUGGGAAAAUGGAUGUUGACCAGCUGAAAAUCUAUGAAGAGCCAUUAUCAAAGUUGAUAAAAACAUUUUUCCCCUUUGAAGCAGAAGCUUAUAGAAAUAUUGAACCUGUCUAUUUAAAUAUGCUGCUGGGAAGACUCUGCAUCAUAUUUGAAGAUGGUGUGCUUCUACGGCUACAGUCCAAUUUGUUAAAAGCACCCUUGUGCCAUUUACUGCAGUAUUUUCUUAAAUUUGUGCCAAUUGGAUAUGAAUCUGCCUCACAAGUGAGGAAGAAUUAUGUGAACCGUAUAUGUUGGGCUCUUGUGGAUGUUGUUGGUGUUCAGGAAGAUACAGGGUAUUUGUUAGGUCCGCUUUAUGAAGCCUUAAAAAUAGAAAGUAUGGGAAUCAUUGAGGAAGUUAAGAGUCAAAUGCAGCAGGAGAAACCCGGCAUUGAUAAUGAUGGACCAGCACCCAAACGGCGUUCACUCAGCUUGUCUUUAACCUCGUUCAAAAGAGCGCCAGGGCAAACUGCAGAACCCACACAUGUUGAUAUGAGCAGAAGCAGUAUAUUAUGGAGUGCAUUGAAACAGAAAGCGGAAUCUCUUCAUGGUGUUCUUGAAUGCAGUGAUCCAAAGAAGCCCAUUGAAACUUUAGAAGGAAUUGCUGUUGUUCUGCAGCUUGUAGCUCUAUGUACUGUUCACUGUUCUGAGCAAAGCAUGGACUGCGAUAAUUUCAUGGAAUCUCAACAUAAAUGUGAGAAGAAAACUUCCACUAUAAUAACUUGGAUGCCUUCAGAUUUUUAUACAAAAGUUCUUAAGAGUUGUAAGAAUCUCUUAGAAUCAGUUCAAAAACCUGACCUGGAGACAGUCAUUGAUAAAGUGGUGAAAAUAUAUGAUGCACUGAUUUAUAUGCAAGUAAAAAGUGGGUUUGAAGAUGAAGUUCUGAAAGAUUUAUGUGGUAUGCUCUCACUUCCAUGGAUUUUCCCCCACUCUGAUAAUGACAUUUUAAAGUUGACAACGUUUGCCACAAACCUUUUAACAUUAAGCCAGAGGACUUCAGAUAGCUACUCACCACAGGCCCAGUCACGAUGUGUGUUUCUUCUUACUCUGUUUCCAAGAAGAAUAUUCCUUGAGUGGAGAAAAUCCAUUUAUAAUUGGGCACUGCAGAGCCCCCAUGAAGUAAUCCGGGCUAGUUGUGUUAAUGGAUUUUUUAUCUUAUUGCAACAGCAGAACUCUUGUAACAGACUUCCCGAGGUUCUUAUGGAUAAAGUCAAAGAUGAUUCUGACAUUGUCAAGAAAGAAUUUGCUUCCAUCCUUGGCCAACUUGUUUGUACUCUUCAUGGCACAUUCUAUUUUACAAGUUCUUUAACAGACUCUUUCUUGGAAUGUGGGCCCGUUGACCUCUUCUGUAAGAACCUGAAAGUCACUUCUCAACAUGCGUGUUCAGCUUCUCGACUAAAAGCUUCUAUUUGUAAGCCGUUCCUUUUCCUACUGGAAAAGAAAACAUCUAGUCCAGUAAAACUUGCAUUCAUAGAUAAUCUACAUCACCUUUGCAAGCAUCUUGAUUUCAGGGAAGAAGAAACAGAUGUAAAAGCAGUUCUUGGAACUUUUUUAAAUUUAGUGGGAGAUCCAGACAAGAAUGUUAGAGUGGCUUUUAGUGGAAAUAUCAAACAUAUAUUGGAAUCCUUGCAUUCUGAAGAUGGAUUUAUAAAAGAGCUUUUUGUCGUAACAAUGAAGAACGCAUAUGCACAAGCCCAAGCAUCAAGAAAUAAUGAGUUGAAGGAUACUUUAAUUCUUACAACUGGGGAUAUUGGAAGGGCAGCAAAGGGAGAGCUGGUGCCUUUUGCACUCUUGCACUUACUGCACUGUUUGUUAGCCAAGUCAGCCCCUGUCUCUGGAGCAGCAUACACUGAAAUCAGAGCUCUGGUUGCAGCUAAAAGUGUUAAACUGCAAAAUUUUUUCAGCCAAUACAAGAAACCCAUCUGUCAGUUUUUGGUGGAAUUCCUCCACUCCAAUCAGAUGACAGCACUUCCUAGUACUCCAUGCCAGAAUGCUGAGAUGAGAAAGCAAGAUGUGGCUCACCAGAGAGAAAUGGCUUUAAAUACCUUGUCUGAAAUUGCCAAUGUUUUCGACUUCCCUGAUCUUAAUCGUUUCCUUACUAGGACAUUACAAGUUCUGCUCCCGGACCUUGCUGCCAAAGCAAGCCCCACGGCUUCUGCGCUCAUUCGAACCUUGGGAAAACAACUGAAUGUCAAUCGCAGAGAGAUUUUAAUAAAUAAUUUCAAGUAUAUUUUUUCACAUUUGGUCUGUUCCUGCUCUAAGGAUGAAUUGGAAUGUGCCCUUCAUUAUCUGAAGAAUGAAACAGAAAUUGAACUCGGGAGCCUGUUGAGACAGGAUUUUCAAGGAUUGCACAAUGAAUUAUUGCUACGUAUUGGAGAACACUACCAACAGGUUUUCAAUGGCUUGUCAAUACUUGCCUCAUUUGCAUCCAGUGAUGAUCCAUAUCAGGGCCCACGAGAUAUUACAUCACCUGGACUGAUGGCUGAUUAUUUGCAGCCCAAGCUACUGGGCAUUUUGGCGUUUUUUAACAUGCAGUUACUGAGCUCCAGUGUUGGCAUUGAAGAUAAGAAAAUGGCUUUGAACAGCUUGAUAUCUUUGAUGAAGUUGAUGGGACCCAAGCAUGUCAGCUCUGUGAGAGUGAAGAUGAUGACUACUCUAAGAACUGGCCUUCGAUUCAAAGAUGAAUUUCCUGAGUUGUGUUACAGAGCUUGGGACUGCUUUGUUCGUUGCCUGGAUCACACUUGUCUGGGCUCCCUUCUCAGUCACGUGAUAGUAGCUUUGUUACCUCUCAUACACAUCCAGCCUAAAGAAACGGCAGCUAUAUUCUACUACCUCAUCAUUGAAAAUAGGGAUGCUGUGCAAGACUUUCUUCAUGAAAUAUAUUUUUUACCUGAUCAUCCAGAACUAAAAACAAUAAAGGCAGUUCUCCAGGAAUACAGAAAGGAAACUUCUGAGAGUACUGACCUUCAAACAACUCUUCAGCUCUCCAUGAAAGCUAUUCAACAUGAAAACGUAGAUGUUCGUAUUCAUGCUCUUACCAGCCUGAAGGAAACCUUGUAUAAAAACCAGGAAGAAUUGAUAAAAUAUGCAACUGACAGUGAAACAGUGGAACCUGUUAUUUCACAGUUGGUGACAGUGCUUUUGAAAGGUUGCCAGGAUGCAAACUCACAAGCUCGACUGUUGUGUGGGGAAUGUUUAGGGGAAUUGGGAGCAAUAGAUCCAGGUCGACUAGAUUUUUCAACAACGGAAACCCAAGGAAAAGAUUUUACGUUUGUGACUGGAGUAGAAGAUUUAAACUUUGCUUAUGGAUUACUGAUGGAACUAACAAGGGCUUACCUGGCAUAUGCCGAUAAUAGUCGAGCUCAAGAUUCAGCUGCUUAUGCCAUUCAGGAACUCCUUUCAAUUUAUGACUGUAGAGAGAUGCAGAAUGAUGGUCCAGGUCACCAGUUAUGGAAGAGAUUUCCUGAACAUGUUCGGGAAAUACUGGAGCCUCAUCUAAAUACCAGAUACAAGAGUUCUCAGAAGUCAACAGAUUGGUCUGGAGUAAAGAAGCCAAUUUACUUAAGUAAAUUAGGUAAUAACUUUGCAGAAUGGUCAGCAUCUUGGGCAGGUUAUCUUAUAACGAAGGUGCGACAUGAUCUCGCUAGUAAAAUCUUUACCUGUUGUAGCAUUAUGAUGAAGCAUGACUUUAAGGUGACCAUCUAUCUUCUGCCACAUAUUCUUGUCUAUGUUUUGUUGGGCUGUAAUGAAGAAGAUCAGCAGGAGGUGUAUGCAGAAAUCAUGGCAGUUCUAAAGCAUGAUGAUCAACAUGCCAUAAGUACCCAAGACAUUGCUUCUGAUUUGUGUCAACUCAGUACACAGACUGUGUUCUCUAUGCUUGACCAUCUCACCCAGUGGACAAGGCACAAAUUUCAAGCACUGAAAUCGGAGAAGUUUCCACAAGGCAAAUCCAACAGAGAUAAAGCAGACUCAUCAGGGUCUGCAGUGAAUUAUGAAGACUAUCAGAGUGUAAGUCGUUUCUUAGACCUCAUACCUCAAGAUACUCUGGCAGUAGCUUCCUUCCGCUCCAAAGCGUACACAAGGGCGGUAAUGCACUUUGAAUCAUUCAUUACAGAAAAGAAGCAAAAUAUCCAGGAACAUCUGGGAUUUUUACAGAAAUUGUAUGCUGCGAUGCAUGAACCAGAUGGAGUUGCUGGAGUAAGUGCAAUCCGAAAGGCAGAACCAUCUCUGAAGGAACAGAUCCUUGAACAUGAAAGCAUUGGCUUACUGCGGGAUGCCACUGCCUGUUACGACAGAGCUAUUCAGCUUGAGCCAGACCAGAUUAUUCAUUAUCAUGGUGUAGUGAAGUCCAUGUUAGGACUGGGUCAGCUGUCUUCUGUGAUCACUCAGGUGAACGGCGUUCAUGCUAACAGAUCUGAAUGGACAGAUGAACUAAACACAUACAGAGUGGAAGCAGCUUGGAAAUUGUCACAGUGGGAUCUGGUAGAAAACUAUUUGGCAGCAGAUGGGAAAUCUACAACAUGGAGUGUCAGACUUGGACAGCUAUUACUGUCAGCCAAAAAGAAAGACACCUCAACUUUUUAUGACACAUUGAAACUAGUCAGAGCAGAGCAAAUUGUUCCUCUUUCAGCUGCAAGCUUCGAAAGAGGUUCUUACCAGCGAGGAUAUGAAUAUAUUGUGAGGCUGCACAUGUUGUGUGAAUUAGAGCACAGCAUCCGACCACUUUUCCACCAGUCUCCAAGUGAGGGUGCUCAAGAAGAUUCUCUAAACUGGGUGGCUCGACUGGAAAUGACGCAGAAUUCCUACAGAGCUAAAGAACCUAUCCUGGCACUGAGGAGGGCUUUAUUAAGUCUCAACAAAAGGUCCGAUUACAGUGAAAUGGUUGGAGAAUGCUGGCUGCAGAGCGCCAGGAUAGCGAGGAAAGCUGGUCACCACCAAACUGCCUACAACGCUCUCCUGAAUGCAGGGGAGUCACGACUUGCUGAACUCUAUGUUGAAAGGGCGAAGUGGCUGUGGUCCAAGGGUGAUGUUCACCAGGCAUUAAUUGUUCUUCAGAAAGGUGUUGAGUUAUGUUUUCCUGAGAACCAAAGUCCAGCUGAGAGCAAAAACAUGUUAAUCCAUGGUCGAGCUAUAUUACUGGUUGGUCGAUUUAUGGAAGAAACCGCUAACUUUGAAAGUAAUGCAAUAAUGAAGAAAUACAAGGAUGUGACUGCAGUCCUACCAGAGUGGGAAGAUGGGCAUUUUUACCUUGCCAAAUACUAUGACAAAUUGAUGCCCAUGGUCACAGACAACAAGAUGGAAAAGCAAGGGGACCUCAUUCGGUAUAUAGUCCUUCAUUUUGGAAGAUCUCUCCAGUAUGGAAAUCAGUUCAUUUAUCAGUCAAUGCCUCGAAUGUUGUCAUUAUGGCUGGAUUUUGGUGCUAAAGCAUUUGAAUGGGAAAAAGCUGGCCGUUCUGAUCGUGUACAAAUGAGAAAUGACUUGGCUAAAAUAAACAAAGUGAUCACCGAGCACACAGAUUAUUUAGCUCCAUAUCAGUUUUUGACUGCUUUUUCUCAGUUAAUAUCCCGAAUUUGUCAUUCUCACGAUGAAGUUUUUAUAGUCUUGAUGGAAAUUAUAGCCAAAGUGUUUCUGGCCUAUCCUCAACAAGCGAUGUGGAUGAUGACAGCUGUAUCAAAGUCUUCUUAUCCCAUGCGUGUCAACAGAUGCAAGGAAAUCCUAAAGAAAGCAACUCAUAUGAAAAAGUCAUUAGAAAAGUUUGUUGGAGACGCCACUCGGCUAACAGAUAAGCUGCUGGAAUUGUGCAAUAAACCGGCUGAUGGAAGCAGUUCUACAUUAAGUAUGAGCACUCAUUUUAAAAUGCUUAAAAAGCUGGUAGAAGAAGCAACAUUUAGUGAAAUCCUCAUUCCUUUGCAGUCAGUUAUGAUACCUACCCUUCCAUCAAUUCUGGGCACACAUGCGAACCAUGAGCCGUUUCCUGGACACUGGGCCUACAUUGCAGGCUUUGAUGAUGUGGUCGAAAUUCUUGCUUCUCUACAAAAACCAAAGAAAAUAUCUUUGAAAGGAUCAGAUGGAAAGCUGUACAUCAUGAUGUGUAAGCCAAAAGAUGACCUGAGGAAGGACUGUAGACUGAUGGAAUUUAACUCCUUGAUUAAUAAGUGCUUAAGGAAAGAUGCCGAAUCUCGAAGAAGAGAACUCCAUAUUCGAACAUAUGCUGUUAUCCCACUGAAUGAUGAAUGUGGGAUUAUUGAAUGGGUCAACAACACUGCUGGCUUAAGACCUAUUCUGACCAAACUAUAUAAGGAAAAAGGAGUGUACAUGACAGGAAAAGAGCUUCGCCAGUGCAUGCUGCCCAAGGCGGCAGCAUUAACUGAAAAGCUCAAAGUCUUCCGGGAAUUUCUCCUGCCCAGGCAUCCUCCUAUUUUCCAUGAGUGGUUUCUGAGAACUUUCCCUGAUCCAACAUCCUGGUACAGCAGCAGAUCAGCCUAUUGCCGAUCCACAGCGGUAAUGUCCAUGGUUGGUUACAUCCUGGGGCUUGGAGACCGUCACGGUGAAAACAUUCUCUUUGAUUCUUUGACUGGUGAAUGUGUCCAUGUGGAUUUCAACUGUCUCUUCAAUAAGGGAGAAACAUUUGAAGUUCCAGAAAUUGUACCAUUUCGCUUGACUCAUAACAUGGUUAAUGGAAUGGGCCCUAUGGGAACAGAAGGUCUUUUUCGAAGAGCUUGUGAAGUUACACUGAGACUGAUGCGCGAUCAGAGAGAACCAUUAAUGAGUGUCCUUAAGACUUUUCUACAUGAUCCUCUUGUGGAGUGGAGUAAACCAGUCAAAGGGAAUUCCAGAGCACCCAUUAAUGAAACUGGGGAAGUGGUCAAUGAAAAGGCCAAGACUCACGUUCUUGACAUUGAGCAGCGAUUACAAGGUGUCAUCAAGACCCGGAAUCGAGUGACAGGGCUGCCGUUAUCUAUUGAAGGACAUGUGCAUUAUCUGAUACAAGAAGCUACUGAUGAAAACUUACUUUGCCAAAUGUACCUUGGCUGGACCCCUUACAUGUGA